GCACUCAGAGCGAGCGCAGGCUGCGUGUCAGUGCAGUCGACUUACAGCGGGCUGUGAGGAGAACUGGCGCGACCCUUUUGUCCUUCGCUACAACUCUUUUCACACGCUCAAACUUCGUAAAGUGUCUUUAAACUCGCGUUAGAGUACCUCUACUCGCUAGGUUCUCGAGGAGGACGGGUUAAACUAGUGGUUUUCGCCCUGUUUGAAGUUAAAGGCUGGGCCUUUACACGCGCUCCUGACGAGAGAAACAGAGAAGCCGCUCUUUCUGCGAUUAAAAGUCCAUAAAUGCUUUUUACCAGAAUGGACCUGUUGAACUACCAGUACUUGGACAAGAUGAACAACAACAUCGGCAUCCUGUGCUACGAAGGUGAGGCUGCUCUGAGAGGCGAGUCCAGAAUGCAGGCCAUGUCCCUGUCCUCUGCAGUCAGCAAUCACAGGACGGGCCCUCCUCCCAUCAGCCCCAGCAAGAGGAAGCACAGCGGGGACCAAGCAGACGACGACAUCGACUGUAACAACGAGCAUGUGGCCAAGAUGAGCCGGCUGUUUGCCACACAGUUAGGCAAGCCUGCCAAUGGGGACUACCGCAAGGACCCCCGGGAUCGCAGCCGCAGCCCCAUAGAGCGCAUCGGCGCCUCCCCGAUGAGUCUCGUUGGUGGUCACCUGUACGCCCACGCCCACAUGCCCAGCUCUGGCCUCCAAAAACGCAUUAAACCUGUGGACGCCACCCGCACUGUCGCCAUCUCGCCUACUGUCAGCCCCAUUGAGCGCCAGCAGAAUCGUCCCUCUGUGAUCACGUGUGCCCCAGCGAACAACCGUAACUGUAACCUCACCCACUGCACCGUGUCUCACAACGGCUGCUCACCCAACCUGACUUCAAACUACCGCAGAGCCUCCAACUCUAACACAGCCUGCGACCCCGUUAUCGAGGAGCAUUUCCGCCGCAGCCUGGGAAAGAACUACAAGGAGCCCGAGCCGGUCACAAACUCGGUGUCCAUCACCGGCUCGGUGGACGACCACUUCGCCAAGGCUCUGGGUGAGACGUGGCUGCAGAUCAAGGCCAAGGGCAGCUCCUCCGGAAGCCCAGACUCCUCUCCCAACGGCCACAUGGUCAGCCAUAGUCACUCCCCUUCCCUCGUGUCUUGAAAAGAGGACCAGCGCACCCCAGUCCCGCCUCUUCCAGCCGCUUCACUCUCAAAGCAACCAUGCAUGUUUUAGCAGAGCUGAUGUAUAGCUAUGUACAUAAGAACGCACGACGAGGAGGUGCUCCUUCAACUUUCAGUUGUGCUUUUUUUCCUUUGAUUCUUUUUCUUUUGUUUGUAAGUAUGCUAGUAUACUUAUAGCUUGGCUGUUGUGUUAUGGGAUGCCCAUAUCUUUUAUUUUUAUUUUUUUGUUUUUUUAAGAGAUAAAAAUCAGCCAGACACUAUUGAACCAUCUGCCUCAGAUACCAAAGAAACUUUUACCCAGAAGCCAUUCUUCCAUGGCACCCAUCGCAGUCUGUCUCUCACACUCUCUCCCGGUUGUGUCCUGAAUCUGUAUGUGUAUACUUGAAAUGGAAGGCCUGGACUGAUUUUGCACUAUGGAUGGAUGGAGGUGGUGUCAGUUUAGCGUCGGAUACACAUGAUUGGAUGUUGGUUUUGGAGGGUGACGCAGGUGGUGCGGUUCACAUCGCUUUCGCAGGAAACCUUGGUCAGGGGAGGGAACCUUCUUUCGGUCGCUUCGGCUCUCCACAACUGGACUGCGGCAGACGUGGGCAUUCUUCUCGCUUCGGAUUGGUUUUUCCCAGGCACUGUGGUUUUAGUAGAGUAGACUAAAGGUUUAAGGGUAAGCUAGUGCUUAUAAGUGCAUGUUUUUAAAAUAGCUGGUAUCUAUUAUUGUGUAGACAUUUCAAUCGUAAUACUUUUAGCCUUUUCUUCAGAUUUUAUUUUUGUCAGUAACAGUCCUAGAUAAACUUACUGCUGGUACAGUUGUACUCCAUAUUAUUAUUUUCUAUUCAAUAUUCAUUGUGGUAGCUGCCAGAUACAAGAGAGAAAACCGCCUCCGGACAGGCCAUCUAUAUAUUAACGGUUGGUUUUGUAUGUUUAUUAAUCCGUGGUACAGGAUGCUGUCACUUUGCAUGACUGAAGAAGAAGCGUUCGCAGCUGUGGACAGCGUUGACAAUCUGCUGAAUACGUCGAGCUGAUUUCAUGUGUGUGUGGUUGUCGUUCUUCAUCUUCUCUUAAUUCUGCAUUCAGCUUUUUUCCAACGGUCCGCCUGUACCGAAACAAAGUACAUUCCUCCGAUAGGGAACGCCAUGCAGGUCUUGUACUUCUCCUGUGUUCAGUGUUGCUACUCACUAGAGACUCUGACGGGAGACGCUCGAGCUCGUCCUUACAUUCCAUCGCCCCGAAUUCGAACACGACGCGCUCUUCAAAAGUAUUUCUCACUCUGCUCUUUUUGCAUGUAUUUGCCACAAAGCCUUGUCGUAUCCUACACGAGACCUUGAGGAUCACACACACAUUUCAUGACCAGUUUACUGGGUAGGACACUCACUUUCUGCUUGUGACACACGUUACCCUACACGCUGUAGGUAAAUCACUUAAAAACAACAAAAAAAAGUUUUUAUAUAGGAAACUAUGAGACCAUCAUUACGCUGUGCGUAACGAAUGUACAGAGAAAAAAAAAUCGUAGGUAUUUUUUGAGGAACAGUUAAUUUGUUAAUGAUAUGUAGCUAUUUAAUUUUUCCCUUGUCCUUUAUUGUAAUCAUGCUUUUUUUUUUUUUUUCUCGAAAAAAGUUGAUCUUUUUUGUUUGUAGGUUUUGUCUGUUUAAGGUUAAAGUGCAGGAACACAGUUAUUCUAUGAAAACACUGCGUUAGUGUAACAGCCACUUGUGUAUUAUUUCUGAAGGCUACCGAGUCUCGACACACUUCUGAACGGAGGCUUUCGACUGUCUCUGGAGACAAUUGAACAAACGGACUCGAGUCUGAGUGAGUUACUCCACUCCAGUACCAUCGCUCGGGAUUUGAGCAACACCAUUUUCUAUUUGAUGUGCGCUUCCAGGAGAACGACGACAAGAAACCAACAGUUUAAAACUCUUCUCGCUGCACCUCGAGUGUACUUCUUAAUUUGUAAAUCUGUAUUAUACCCUCAUUUCAUGGCCUUGUUUCUCCUUGGAAUAAAACAAACUUUUGGCAGGCCAUUGUUUUGUACCUUUAAGUAGCCUCAAUGAACAAUAAAGUGCUCUUAAACCACA